AUGAUCUUUGCUAUAAAUGAGAUUAACAGAAAUCCUGACAUGCUGCCUGGUGUCAAACUUGGCUACAAGAUUUAUGACAACUGUGGAACCAUGGACAUACUGAGAGCUGCACUGGCACUGCUGAGUGGGCUGAAGGGAGAAAUCAGCGGCAGCAGCUGCUCAGAAAUUGAGUCAGUGCAAGCUGUCUUGGGACAUUCAGGAUCAGGACCAACUAUUGCAAUAGAGCAGGUUCUUGCAAGGUUUCAUAUACCUGUGAUCAGCCAUUUUGCCACCUGUGCCUGUCUAAGCAACAGAAAUGAGUACCCAACUUUCUUCAGAACUAUUCCCAGUGACUACUAUCAGAGCAGAGCCCUUGCAAAGCUGGUUAUGUACUUUGGAUGGACCUGGAUCGGCGCUAUAGCCUCAGAUAAUGAAUAUGGUCUCAGUGGCAUAACAGCAUUUAUUCAAGCAGCACGAGAGCUUGGAGUGUGCAUUGAGUAUUCAGAAUUAUUUGUAUCAACAGAUCCGCCUGACAGCCUUCAGAGAAUAGUAAGAAUCAUUAGGCAAUCGAGUUCCAAAGUGAUUAUGGCUUUUAUGUCUCACAGAGAAAUUACGUUGCUGGCAACAGAGUUGUUCAGACAAAAUGUUAGCGAUCUGCAGUGGGUUGGCAGUGAUGCCUGGAUCACGGAUCCUUCGCUGGCUGAGAGUGAGGGGCACAGCAUUCUAGUGGGCUCCCUGGGCUUUGUUGUGACUAACACUGUGAUCCCAGGGCUGGAGGAUCACUUGAGGCAGCUCCACCCGUCACAGUUUCCUAACAGCCAGUUUGUGAGAGAUUUCUGGGAACACACGUUUGACUGCUCACUGAAUAAAACAGCUGACACACAGUGGAAGUUGUGCAGUGGCUCUGAGAGCCUGCAGGGUGAUCAGUCCUACUUUACAGAUGUGUCUGAGCUGAGAUUCAUCAGCAAUGUGUACAAGGCUGUAUACGCAGUGGCCCAUGCACUUAACAACCUGCUCACCUGCAAAGAGGGGGAUGACCCUUCCUAUAAUGGCAACUGUCCUGACACUAAAAACAUUGAACCCUGGCAGGUUCUGCAAUAUCUCAACACAGUGAAUUUUACUCAUAAGGAAGGAGAGAGAGUAUAUUUUGACAGCAAUGGAGAUUCACCAGCAAGAUAUGAUCUUGUUAAUUUACAAACAACACGUAAAGGAGGCAUGGAAGGUGUAACAGUGGGGAUUUAUGAUGCUUCUCUUCCUGACACUAAUCAGUUCAUCAUGAAUAACAUCCCUAUUGUUUGGGGUAAUGAGCUAAACAAGGUGCCUGAGUCAGUGUGCAGCAAGAGCUGUCUGCCUGGAACUAGUAAGGUCCUUCAGAGAGGAAGGCCCAUCUGCUGUUAUGACUGUAUGCCAUGUCCAGCAGGGGAGAUCAGCAAUUUAACCAGUAAAGACACAGACUAAAUCUACAAUACUUAGAUUUUAUUUAGGCCCAGAAAGAGAAAAACAACAAAAACUAUGUCUAUCUUAAACUAUCUCAUCUCAUUUACUCUUUUCCUCCUCAGAUUCAGUCCACUGCA